CGCCAUAUCGCCGCGGUAAGAUGGAGCAUGGUCGCCCGAUGCAGAGCCUCGGCUUGACCGCGCAGCUGGAGGCGGAGUGGCGGCGCGCCGGCCUCUCCUUCCGCGUGAUGCUGGUCGGAGAGAGCGGCCUCGGAAAGAGCACCUUCACCCGCGCGCUCUUCCGGCCGUUUGUGCCGGACAACGAGCUGUCUGCGAACGACGCGGGGGCGAAGGAGGCGCUGCGCGCGCGGACGACCGAGAUCCGCGAGGUUGUCUUCACCGUGGAGAACGACGGCUUUCCGAUCGAGUUUUCGGUUGUCGACUGCCCCGGCUACGGCGACUCUGUCGACUCGACCGAGUGGAUCGACUCCAUCGUCGGAGACAUCACACGCCGCUUCGCCUCCCAUUACGACAGCAACCACGCUUCGGGCGCCUCCGUCGGCAACGGGCUGCAGCGCGACGGCAUGGUGCACGCGUGCCUCUACUUCAUCGCCGCGCACCGCCUCAAGGGCGCCGACAUCGAGUUCAUGAAGCGGCUGCAGCCGUACGUCAACAUCGUGCCCGUGAUUGCCAAGAGCGAUACCAUGACCGUCGGAGAGAGGGACGCGUUCCGCCGCCUCAUCCUCUCGGAGCUCAAGGCGGCCCGUGUGUCGAUGUUCGAGCUCGCGCCGCCUCCAGCAGUCGCCUCCCCUCCCCCCUCUGCUCGCGGCGCCGCCUCAAAGAAGGGCGCCCCCACGCCGCCGCCCUCGCCGCCCUCGCGCGCCCCGCUGGGCGAAUUCGGGGAGCGCAUCCUCUCUAGCGUCAUCCCCCAAAUUAACUCUUAAUCAACCCUAAUUAACUCUUAAUUAGGAGCGGAUCCUCUCUAGCGUCAUCCCCCCGCCCUCCGCGCCUCCGCCCAAGCCGCCCGCCGCCUCGUCGACGCCCGCUCAGCGCGGCGCGGCGCUGGCCCACGGCAACACGUCGCCGCCGCCGUUUGCGGUGUGCGCGUCGGAGGAUGGGACUCGCGUCUACCCGUGGGGGGUGGCGUGCGCGGAGGACCCGACCCACUCGGACCUGUCCACGUUGCGCGCGAUGCUCUUCGCCGGCUCGAUGCUGUCGGCCAAGCGCGCCACGUUGGGGCUGUACGAGCAGGCGUACGCGCGGCGGCGUGCGGCGGACGAGCGAUCGCAGCAAGAGCGCGAGGCGCGCGCGCUGUCGCGGCAGGUCUUUGCCGCCAAGACGAUCGCUGCUGUCAUCACUCUCGGUGUCGCCGUUGGCCUCGCUGCCUCUGCCGCCCCCGCCGCCGCUGCGACGGUAGUGGCGCACGCGCAGAGCGCCGCCAGCGCCGCCGGCACCGCCGCUUUGCGGGCGGCGUCGACAGGGGCGACGGCGCUGGCGCAAGCGGCUCGCAAGCGAAUAGCGGCGAAGAGCUAGC